AUGACGUUUAGUAACGGAUUGGAUUUUCUGUUGAAGCCUGUGUUACACUACUAUUCAAGGCAGAUGAUCGGGAUUUUUGGGAGUUUGUAUUGUCUGAUUCUUGGGUUAUUUUUCAUGACGUCAGCUUCUUGUUGUGUGCAGUCCAAAUCCCCGAGACGAGAAGGUGUGCAAAUACUGUGGUCUGGUUAUGCCCGAGACUGUGUCCAUCUAUGGGAAGAGUUUUUUCCGAAUUUAUAG